AUGAGCAAAGAAAUGGGUGUUUUAAAGGCAUGGGGGGCCAGUGUGCGCAGGACACAGGCUGCAAAAAAACGAGCCAACAACCUCUCCGGCACGAUGUCCGUGGCUCAUGCAGACGAUGACGAAUAUAAAAACAACAACGGAAGCGGCAAACUAUACAGUGCAGAAAGGGUUCUUCCCAAUAGUGACUACUACACAGGCCAGUGGUCCGACAAUUUUCCCCACGGACAAGGGAAGUACCUUUGGAGUGACGGUUGCAUGUACGAAGGGGAGUGGUUCAGAGGCAAAACAAUGGGGACAGGUAGGUUUAGUUGGCCUUCCGGUGCUACAUAUGAGGGUGAGUUCAAGAGCGGUUAUAUGGACGGCAUCGGUACGUACACAAGUUCUAAUGGGGAUACCUAUAAAGGGCAAUGGAUCAUGAAUUUGAAGCAUGGACAUGGCGUGAAGAAUUAUGCCAGCGGAGAUUGGUAUGAAGGAGAAUGGCAUCGAGGGUUGCAGGAAGGUCAAGGUAAGUAUCAAUGGAAGAAUGGGCGUUAUUACAUUGGAGAAUGGAAGAAUGGAGAGAUAUGUGGAAAGGGUACGUUUGUUUGGCCUAAUGGGAAUAGAUAUGAUGGGUUUUGGGAAGAUAGGUUGCCUAAAGGAAACGGAACUUUCAGAUGGCCUGAUGGGAGUUUUUAUGUUGGGUACUGGAGCAAAGAUCCAAGUGAGCAAAAUGGGACUUAUUAUACAUCAAGUUCUUGCCCGGAAGCAAAUCAUGAAUGGGAUCCUUACGAUGUGUAUAAUGUUGAUUUGGGCGACUGCAAGAUUUGUCAUGGCGAGAAGGUUUCAAUUUUUCCGUCGCAAAAGAAGCUAGCAUUGUGGAGUUCAUCCAAGUCCGGGGAUAACCUGAAUUCUAGGAGAAUGUCGGCUGAUGGGAGGGUGAGCGUGGGCUUGGAGAGGCCAUUGGACAGAUUGCAUGUGUGUGAUGGUGAUGGUGAUGGUGAUGGUGAUGAAUCUGGUGAUGUUGGUAGUAGGAUUCCAACGGUGGGGAAUUUGGAGGAUGAUUUGUCGGGUCUGCAUAUCAAUGAAGCAAAUCCAAGGGGGCUGCCAAUGACAAGGAGAGCAAAGAAACAAGGAGAGACAAUUCGCAAAGGGCACAAGAAUUAUGAGCUCAUGCUCAAUUUGCAGUUGGGAAUCAGACAUUCUGUUGGAAGACCUGCUCCAGCUGCAUCCCUUGAUUUGAAGCCUUCAGCUUUUGAUCCCAAGGAAAAAGUAUGGACUAGAUUUCCUCCAGAAGGAUCCAAGUACACCCCACCACAUCAGUCCAGUGAAUUUAGAUGGAAGGAUUACUGCCCAUUGGUCUUCAGGACUUUAAGGAAGUUGUUCAAUGUAGACCCAGCUGAUUACAUGAUAUCAAUAUGUGGGAAUGAUGCUCUUCGGGAACUCUCAUCUCCUGGUAAAAGUGGUAGCUUCUUUUACUUGACCAAUGAUGACCGCUACAUGAUAAAGACUAUUAAAAAGGCAGAAGUAAAAGUGCUUUUAAGGAUGCUUUCAGCCUAUUAUAACCAUGUUCGAGCCUUUGAAAACACACUAGUGACCAAAUUUUAUGGUCUGCAUUGUGUUAAGUUAAUUGGGCCUAUCCAGAAGAAGGUACGCUUUAUCAUAAUGGAGAAUCUCUUUUGCACUGACUAUACCAUCCAUAGACUCUUUGACUUGAAGGGAUCUUCCCUUGGCCACACAACAGUUAAGCCUGAGACAAAGGUUGAUGAAACUACCAUCCUUAAAGACCCUGAUCUGGACUUUAUAUUCCGACUCCAGAAGUCAUGGUUUCAAGAGUUUUGCAGGUAUAACAAAAUAAUCUCUACAAAUAGCAAUAUACCCAGUGACCGUCCAUUAUGCCACUGUGGAGUUCCUGCCUAUUUAAGGAACUCUUGGUCAAAUGCAAAUUUCGGUAGAAAGUGGUAUGGCUGUGUAAACCAUAAGAAACCUGGUGAUUGUAAGCUUUUUGAGUGGGCUGAUCACGAAAUGUGCAUUUAUGAAAAAACAUUGAUGGAACGGCUGAAGAGCAAAGAAGAGGGAAUGCGAGCUGAAAUUGCUAGACUUGAAAAAUUGAUGGAAACAAAACUUACAAAAUACAAGGAAAAUAUAGAGACUCAAUCUGGCCAAAUUCGGCUGCAAUUAGAGAUGUACCAAACUAGGGAGAAAAUGUACCAAUUUAGGGAGAAGAUAUACCAGGCUGCUUUAGUUCUUGUUAUUUUGCUUAUGCUAUUUUAUGUUAGUGGCUACAACAAUACUAAUAGUGGUCGUAGUAAGCUGAUGCUAACAUAA